AUGUUGGAAAUGUUGAGUAUCGUUUUCGCAGUUAAUUCAUUGGUAAUCAUCAGCCCUGUUGUGUCAGAGUUGUGUAUCGAUCCUCUUGGCAUUGAAGAUGGAACUAUUCCAGCUGAACAACUGUCAGCAUCCAGUAAAUUCGCUUUAAGGCACGGGGCACAUCGUGGACGACUACACACCGAAGCAGAUAAUUGGGGGAUAGGAGCAUGGUCUUCAAAAUCCGAAGACCAAUACCAGUGGAUCCAGGUUGACCUCGGUAAGCUACAUGAGGUACGCGGAAUAAUUACACAAGGCCGCAACGAAUACAUCUACACGUAUAAUCAAUGGGUGACAUCUUAUGAGAUACUUUACAGUGUCGAUGGUAACUUUUUUCAACCUAUCAGGAAUUCAGAUUGUCAAGUAACUAAUUUUGUUGGAAAUUCGAAUCGAGACACUUACGUGACAAACAUAUUUGCUGACCCUGUCUUUGCUCAAUUCGUCCGUAUUCAUCCAACUGGCUGGCAUAACUGGAUUAGUUUAAGAUUUGAGGUUCUUGGAUGCUCAGCAGGCCUAGUAUGCCCAAAGUUGGUCGGAAACUCAACUUAUUACAAGUCUUUUCAUCGUAAUCUACAAUGUUUAAUAACGACCGAAAACACAACAAGAAGCUGCAUUAGAUGUGCUGUGGCGUGUAUGAGGGCGCUAGAAUGCAAGUACUUUAGAUACGAUGGAGAAUGCCACUUUUAUACCUGCAGUAACAAUGGACAUUUUGUUGCCUUUCAGUAUUGUUGAAAUGGGGCUUUCCCGGCUUUGGAUACUGUUGCUAAGGUCUUAACAGUCUGGACUUGCGUGAGUUUAUGAGACAUGCGCAUGAUUAAUAGUGUCCUUAUAGGUCAAUCGCUAAAUUAAUUUAAUGACUCUGGAAAUGUAUAAUAAAUUUAGAUCGUGUGUGCUUCGUGUUUCGUUCUAACAAGCAUCAUUCUUUAGAACCGAUUAUCCUGUAUUAUGGAAAAUUUCUGUGUUACUAGUAAUAUAAAUACAAAUUCGUUUAUUAUUCUUUUUUAUUGAAACCAAUAAAGAAAUUCGUGUUUAUAAUUCUAAUUGGAGACCAAAGCUGCUAAAGACCAUGGAAACCCCGGUCCCAAAAGUGGUCUUUAAUUAGAGGGAGACCAUACGCAAACACUUGCGUUUCCGGGAGACAACAUGCGUGUUUGUGAGGCACGCUCGUAUGCCUGGCUUUAAUUGGUCAGUUGUUAAGUUUGAAUGAUACUUAGGAAAGGUUCAUUGUGGAAACUUUAAUGGAUCUUGAGGAUAUUUUCCGCAUGAUUAAAAUCGUAACGGUACUGCUUUGGUCUACAGGAGUUCAUGUUUCGUACAGGUCAUUCCAUUCAUAGAAAAACCCUUUAUAUUGG